AUGAAUAAAAACGAAGAGAUUUUAUCAAAGGCUACACCUAAUUUUAUAUAUAAAUUUUUUACACAACCCAACUCAGAGGAAACAUCGAAAUGGUUAAAUUCGGAAAUAAAUUUGAUUUGUUUUAGUCAGAUGAGUGCAGGAGCAAAUCAAACUUUUUUAAAAGUAAUAGAUGGGUCAAUACCACCUCAAUAUUAUGCUAUUGUACACUUAGGUAUAGAUGAUAAUGGUAAAGCUACCUCGUAUGUAAAAAAAAUGAUUAGAAUUGAAAAUUUUUCUAUUACUAAUUAUUAUGGAAAGCUUUUCAUUUUAGCUAAAAAAGUUACAAUCUUUUUAAAUAUCGAUGAUUUUGAUAUUGAAGAUCUGUUUAAAAAGUACCAUUUACAAAGUAUUUCUUAUUUUCUUUUAAAUUCACAAAAUGAAAAUAAUAAUUCAAGAAAUUAUUCUCAUAUAAAUGAAUACAAUAAUGAAAAUAACUCAAGAAAUAUUUGCUAUCAAUCAAGAGAAUAUGAUAAUGAAAAUAAUUCCAAAAAUUAUGAUAAGUCAAAUGAAUAUAAUGAGAAUAAUUUAAGAAGUAGUUAUGGUAAUUAUCGUACACCAAAUGAUAAUUUUUCAAAGGAACAUAAGUUAAAAGGUUACAAUUCAAAUUAUAAUGAAAAUUCAAAAAAUUAUCAUGAUACUCGAGUAGAAAAUAAUGAUAAAUAUAUGAUAAAUCAGAUGCAAUCACAAAAUAGAGGAAAUUUUAUGCAUAAUGAAAACUCUAGUUAUAAUAAUUAUUCAUCUAAUUUUAAUGAUUAUGAAAAUAAAAAAGAAAUUAUACCAUCUUCUCAAAAAAAGCCAGUCUCCUGCCAAGUAACAUCUGUGUAUAACAGAAUGAACACAAAUAAUUAUAUCGAUAAUAACUCAUCUGAUAAUGAAAAUUAUAAUAAAAAUAGCCAUAACAUAAAUAGAAAUGUUAAAGGAAAUAGAAUUAAUAAUUAUGAUCCUAUUCACAGAAAUAUAAAUAAUUUAAGAGAAGAAAAUAGUUUUCAAGAAAAUAUAAAAAAUAGUUCUAAUAUUGGUAAUAAUAGCCCUAAUCAUUUUUAUGAAAAUGAGUUGUAUGAACAGGAAAGGACAAAUGAAUAUAGAAAUAAUAACUCAAUGAAUUCGAGAAAUAAUUUUAAUACUUAUGAUAAUAACUACAAUAGAGAAUAUGAUAAUAAAACAAGUAUGCAUAAGUAUGUGGAAGAAAAAGAAGAUUUAUAUUAUAAUAAAAAGAUGAAUUAUUCUAGUAAUAAUGAAGAAGAAUCAAAGAUAUAUGCAAAUACAAACAAUCACAAGCAGAAUAAUUUAGUAAAAAUAAGUAGAAGCGAUGAAUCAUUAAAUGAAAGAUAUUCCCCUAUUGAUAAAAAUAAUAAUAGAGAAAUUUUAUUUUCUAGUUUAAAUAAUGAAGAUGCAAUGAAAAAAAUAAAAAGCGGAAGUUUUGAUAAUUUGUAUGAAGCAAAAGAGAAAUUACAUGACAACGAUGUAAUGGAUAAAAAAAAUGACAAAAUGUUAAAGGAAAAUGCGUUAAAUAGGAAUAUUAGAAAGUGUUCUCCAUAUCAAAAUAAUGCUGUAAUAAAAAUAAAUGAAGGAAUUUUAAUGCCUAUAAAUAAAUUGUCUCAAUAUUCAUCAAAGUGGAUUAUUAAAGCAAGGGUUCAAUCUAAAGAUAAUAUAAGAAAAUUUUUUUCUGCUAAUAAAGAAGGAAAAGUAUUCAAUAUAGAAUUAUGUGAUGAAGAUGGAGAAAUAAAGGCAAAUUUUUUUGGGAAAGCAGUGGACAAAUGGUAUGAUUUUUUAGAAGUAGGAAAAAUUUAUAAAAUAAGUAAAGGAAAUAUAAAAUCGGCAAACAAAAAAUUUAAUACUCUAAAGCAUGAUUGUGAAAUUACAUUAGAUGAGAAUUCCAUUAUAGAAUUAUUAGAAGAAAAUGAUAGCAUUCCCAAAUUUAUUUAUAAUUUUUCAUCAAUUGAUAAUAUCAAAAAUAUGAACACAGGAUCUUUAGUUGAUGUCAUUGGUGUUGUAUUUAGCUUUCAAGAAAUAAUUCAAGUGCUAAUAAAAAAAACAGGGCAAUAUAAGGAAAAAAGAGAUUUAGUUAUAAUAGAUGAUAGCAAUGAAACAAUAAAUGUCACAUUAUGGGGGGAGCAUGCUUUAAAAGUAGAAGAAAAUGCUUUAAAAGAUAAUUGUAUUAUUUGUUUUAAGUAUUUAAAAAUUGGAGAAUGGCAAGGAAAAAAAUUAGAAUCACAUCCAAAAACAAAAAUUGAGAUUAAUCCUGAUAUUGAAAAGGCUUGUUUUUUAAAAAGUUGGUGGAUAGAUAAUAAGAAAAGUGUUUGCAGCUCUAUCAAUUUAAAUACCAAUAUCUUUAAUUUAGAAACUCAAAAAACAAUUGAAGAAAUAAAAAAAGAUGUUAAUUUAGCAAAUGAAGAUACCUUAUCAGGAAAGGGUAUCAUUUUUACAACUUUUGGUUUUAUUGAUCAUAUUUAUAAUUCUAUUCCUGUUUAUUCAGCUUGCCCUGAUUGCAACAAAAAGAUGACUACUAAUGUAGUUGAAGAUGAUAUAGAUUCAUCCCCAAAUUCGGAAGAAUCAAUGUAUUGUUCUAAAUGUAACAAAAAUAAUAUUCCAAUUUAUAAUUAUUCUAUUAAUUUAAAAAUUACUGACGAUACUGACUCAUUAAGAGCUUCUGCUUUUGCUAAUUGCGCAAAAACAAUUAUGAAUGGAUUAUCUGCUGAUGAGUUUAUGAAGCUGAGGCAGGAGUAUAUUUCACAAGAAAAUAUUGAAAAUUUUGACAUAAUAGAAAAAGUAAAAUUAAAUGAAUUUUUUUUUCGUGUUAAAGCUUAUAUGACUUCUCAUAUGGAUGAAUUAAAAAAAAAUUAUACUAUUUUAGAAAUCAUUCCAUUAAACAAAGUUUUAGUAGAUAAUUGUAAAUAUUUAAUUAAAUCUAUUAAAAAUUUAACUGCAAAAAAGGAAUCAGAAAAUGAAUAA